CUGCAGUGUGCUCGUAGUGCUCGUACGAUCGCAGCUGUUUGCUCUAUUCACUUCCGAGUCCCAGAGAUACAUACCACCGAACAAAUACUUUAAUUUUUCGUUCGUAGUGUUUAGAAAAUCAAACAUUAUGAUUUAGCGUGUGCGCGUGUCCGCUUCACGUACCCAUUUUACAACCCGUUUUUCACUCUGUCCGCACCCCGUGCGCUGACGAAGUGUGACAUCGAUGGCCGACACAGCAGCCGGUGGUCGACGGCGCGACGUCGACUACCGCAAACUGUUCGACACCGGACGCCGAAAAUCGCCGGACACCGACCGCCGCAGACGAUCCGACAACGGACGUCGCAGCCCAGCCAACGCCGACCGCCGCGGACGCCGAAGCUCGCCGGACGCCGACCGCCGCGGACGUCGAAGCUCGCCGGACGCCGAUCGCCGCGGACGCCGAAGCCCGCCGGACACCGACCGUCGCGGACGACUAAACGGCCGCGAUUUGUCGUCUUCGAAUUAUGUCGACCGUUCACAUAGUGAACAUGACAAUUUUACUUCAAGGCCUAACAUUAUUCCAAAAAGACGAAGUUACCCAUAUCGUCAAAAUUAUAACCAAAAAGUUUCAUUCAAACCGUACAACCGUGGAAAUAAAACUAUUUGUAAAAGCUACUUGGUUCAAAAUCAAUUUAAUGGUGGACUUCCAAAAUAUAAUACACCACUCAAAAAUAAUUUCAAUCAAAGGAAUCAUAUUCAUGGUGGUUAUGGCAACGUCAAAAAUUCAUCAUUUAUCAUAAAUAAAAGUAUAACUGGUUGGUACUCAAUUAUUGUGACAAAUGCUGAAGAAUUUGAUGAAGUAUUGAAAAAAAUUGAAUUAGAAAUCUCACCAUUAUUAUUUUAUCCAUACAAUAAACAAUAUUCUUCUGAUAAUGAAUUAAGAUUUCUUGUUGAUAAUUAUAAAGUUGCUAUAGCAUUGCAUAAUACAAGUUAUAAAAUAACACUAAGAGAUGAUAGAAAAUUGAUUAUAAAUGUCUUACCAUAUUUACCCAAACGAAGGUUAAUAUCAUUAACACCAGUAUCUAGUGAAGUAAGAGAAAAAAUGCUUGAGGCCGUGGCGACUCGUUACAACCCUAGUACCAAGAGUUUAAAUUUAUCAAAAUUUCAUGCAUAUUCACUAUUUACCAAUAAUCAACUGUUUGUACCGUUAAAUCAACCAGCAGUUCUUUUGGCAGCACUUAAUAUGGCUGCUCAACAUACCAAGCAUGAUUUGUAUUGUUUGAGUCUGGCCAACAAUUACAUAUAUUUAGGUGAAGGGCUUACAUGGAUACGUAGAUUGUUCCCUGAACUGAAAGUAUUGGAUUUAGCAGUUAAUAAAUUGUCUGAUUUAAAUGAACUAAAGAGUCUUUUGGGUUAUACUAUUGAAGUUCUCACAUUAUCCAAAAAUCCCGUUUGCGAUUUAAUGGACAAAGAGUGUUAUAGACGGGAUGUACAAAAAAUAUUUCCCAUGUUAAUCAAAUUGGAUAACUUGAAUUUGCCUUUGACCAACGAGGGUUCCAAGUUGAAAAUGCCAAUCAACUUAGGAAAUAGUUACCCAAUACAACAGUAUAGCUCUAACUUGGUACAAUCAAAUCCAGUAAUGACUUUAGUAGAAUUAUUCCUAGCAAAGUACUACGAACAGUAUGACAACAAAGUAUCCAGACAAACGGUAUUGGAAGCAUACCAUGAAAAUGCUACAUUUUCAUUAUCUAGUUGCUUACUAAAAUCCUGUAACCAUGGUAGUCUAGCAAAUUACAUGCCUGAAAGUCGAAAUUUGUUGAAACCCGAUCAAAAUAUAAAUUGUUUUUUACACAAGGGCAAAGCAAACAUAAUGAACAUUUUAGAAAAGUUACCCAAAACAAAACAUGAUUUUGGCUCAUUCAUAAUUGAUGUACCAUUUGCAAGUUCUACAAUAAUUCAAGUAGUGGUAAAUGGUGUGUUUGCUGAAGAAUUUAAUGAAAACCACAAUUGUCAAGUAUUUAGAUCAUUUAGUAGAACAUUCAGUUUAGUGCCUGCUGUAAAUUGUUGGAUUAUAUUAAGUGAUAUGAUGUUUAUAACAUUAGUAUCCUCUGAGUUAAUGGAAGAAUCGACAAAAAGAUUCUAUGUAUUUAAGCCAUCAAUAACGAAUCAUACAUCUAAUAACAACAGUUUUAAAACGACAAUGCUUAUAGAGGAUACUUUGCCUGAUGUAUUGUCAACAUUAUGUUGCAAAACAACUAUUUCCAAAUGUCCGUCAUCAGAAUAUCAAAAAAAUUCACUUUUAUCUAAUAAUCUCUCUCCAUUGAUACCGACUAAGAAUUCAGAGGAAAAAUCUACUUUUCAUGCAUCUGUAGUACAGAACUUACAAUCAUCACGUCAGCAGCAGCAUUGCCUUGCAACACCAUUAACUAUGAUAACAGACAGUAUCUUAUCCAACUCUCAACAGUUAAAUUUGCCAUGUCUCGUGCCUAGUGAAAAAUUAUCAUUUCCUGUAUUCAACACAAAACCAAUAGAACUAGCAUCCUCAACAAUACCAACUACAAUGAUUUCAAAUUCUUCUAAUAACCAUGACGGGAAUUCUAGUAAUGAAUUAUUAAUGAUUAAGAGAUUUUCAAAUGAGUCUGGAAUGAACGAUAAGUGGUCAAAAAAGUGUUUAGUUGAAAAUAAUUGGGAUUUUGCCAAAGCUACAUUGUGUUUUUCAAAACUAAAAUCUAGAAUUCCUUCAAUAGCAUAUAAACACUGAUAAAGAUUAUUAUUGUUAUUAUUUUAUAUUCUAUAAAAAAG